AUGGAAUUGGCUAUCGGAGGAGGUGGUGGUGUUGGUGGGUCGGGUGGCGAUGACCACCAUGAUCAGCCAUCGGAUCCUAAUCGUGACAAGAAACGCUACCACAGGCAUACUGCUGAGCAGAUUCAGCUUCUGGAAGCAACUUUCAAAGAAUGCCCCCAUCCUGAUGAAAAGAUGCGAUUGCAAUUGAGUAGGGAGUUGGGUUUGAAUCCUCGUCAGAUCAAGUUCUGGUUUCAGAAUCGAAGAACUCAGCUCAAGGCGAAAAGUGAGAUGGCGGAUAAUUGCUUGCUAAGGGUGGAGAACGACAAAAUUCGCAGUGAGAACAUUGCCAUUAAAGAGGCUUUAAAGAAUGCAUUGUGCAUAACUUGUGGUGGUCCUCCUGUUGCUCAAGAUCACCUUCUUGAAGAACAAAGACUUCGUUUUGAAAACGCCCACUUGAAAGAAGAGCUGGAUCGAGUAUCGGGCAUUGCAGCAAAGUUCAUGGGGAGGCCACUGUCGCUGUUCGCACCAGCAGCAGUACCUCCAAGUCACUUAUCUGCACUCGAUUUAUCGAUGGCUUCUUAUGUUGGCGGUACACAACACCAGAUGAUCCCUGUGGCUAGCGGCAGUGGUGGUCCUUCGCUUGAUCUUGAUCUUUUCACCACCACUGGCAUGGCGGCUCAGCCGCCCACCAUCCACCCCAGCCACCCUCUCCGCCCUACGGACAAAUCCAUUGUGGUGGAUAUUGCAACUGCUGCCAUGGAUGAGUUACUCAAGCUGUUUCAGACUGAUGAGCCACUUUGGACCAAAUCUGCUGUUGAUGGCAGGAACGUCCUCGAAAUCGAUACUUACGAACGUAUCUUCCCGAGACCAAAUACGUCCAUUAAGAAUCCACAUUUAUGGAUCGAAGGCUCGAGGGCUUCGGGUGAUGUGAUGAUGCACAGUAUGCAACUGGUGGAUAUGUUCGCUGAUUCGACCAAAUGGGCUGAUCUAUUUCCCACAAUCGUGUCGAAAGCAAGAACGAUCGAAGUGAUCUCAUCUGGAGUGUUCGGCGACCAAAGUCGCUCUCUGCAGCUGAUGUACGAAGAGUUGCAGGUGGUUUCACCUCUGGUUCCCAUUCGGCAGUUCCUUUUCAUUCGAUAUAUUCAGCAAAUCGAACCAGAAACUUGGGCUGUUGUCGAUGUUUCCUAUGAUCCUCCUCAAGAUGACGACGGCUUUCCUUAUUCCCAACUGAAUUCUCGCCGCCUUCCUUCCGGAUGCUUGAUCCAUGGCAUGCCCAAUGGGUACUCUAAGGUUAUAUGGAUCGAGCAUUUGGAAAUCGAAGAGAAAACCGCAGUCCACAGGCUUUAUAGAGAUCUGAUUUACAGUGGUUUGGCAUUUGGAGCCGAACGAUGGGUCGCUUGUCUUCAAAGAUCUUGCGAAAGAAUCGUUUGCCAAAUGGUAACGAACUCCAAUUCUUCGGUUCGUGAACUUGGAGGAGUGAUUCCAUCAGCCGAUGGUAAGAAGAUCGUGAUGAAUUUAGCGCAGAGGAUGGUGAACAACUUCUGCACUAGCAUCGUACCAAGUAGCGGUCAUCUCGGGACGUCUGUCUCAGAUUUUGACGACUUUGAGGUCCACAUGGCUCUUUACAAGUCUUCGGACCCCAGUCAGGCGAACACCAUGGUUCUUGCCGUUGCUACCACCGUCUGGAUGCCGUUUUCGCCACAGUUCGUCUUUGAUUUCCUUCGCAAUGAAAGUAACCGCCAUCAGUGGGACGUGCUCACGAACCAUAACCCGGUCCAAGAGGUUACGCAUAUCGCAAACGGGGCUCACCCUGGAAACUGCAUAUCUCUUCUUCGAACUCAGAAUACAAGCCAGACCAACAUCUUGAUUCUCCAAGAGAGUUGUACCGACUCAUCUGGCUCGCUAGUGGUUUACUGCCCGGUGGACCUGCCGGUGAUCAACAUCGCCCUGAGCGGUGAAGACCCGCUCUAUGUUCCGUUGCUGCCAUCAGGGUUUGCCAUCACCACCGACGGCCGCCAGAGCUCCACCACCUCACCCGCAACAGGAGAUUCAAGCGGCCAGAAUCCCACCGCAGGUUCACUUGUUACAUUGAUGGUGCAGUCGGUGAUUGGCGGUCCGGCAUGGGGGAAACUAGGGCCGGAGUCGAUGACCACCAUCAACAACCUUAUGGGAAACACCAUCCGGCAAAUCAAAGCCGGAUUGAAUUGCAGUUCUACCACCAUUUGA